UAAAAGGAAGGAGGGAGAGAGUGACAGUAGAGUGAAUUAACAGGGGACAUAUAGUGAGAUGAGAUGCACCCCUUUAACCAAACAGACACAACCGAAGUUGAGAGAGGACACCGGGAGCGAGUCCCAUUUAUUUCAGUUACCUGAAAACGUUAUUGAUGUGGCAGUGGUGGAUUGGUGUAUUAUUGGGUGUGUCUAGCCUGGCUAAAUUCAUUUCAUUUUCGGAGAUGCUGAUGGGGCUGUGUAUUCUUAGGAUUUCAGAAAAUCACUUGUUUGUUCUUGGCUUGUGACACUCAAAUCCGCUGAACCAAGCAACUCACUAGUCUAGUAGCCUAGAGUUCUUCCGAGCGCAGAACGGAUUCAGGUAGCUUCCGAGAAAAUCUCUCCUGCACACCUGAGACAAUUAGACAUAACUGUUCUGCAUAGCAUACAGCUGGACAUCACUGUGCGUACAGUAUACGACGGAAGUUUCAGUCGUUUGGCAGAUCAAUACGAUUGUCUUCAACCGCGCGCUCGUUCUAUGGGUCAAUUAUCCACGCAUAACUAGUUCUCGACUCCUACCUGUCUCCACUUGAGUAUUGAUCCUGCAGCUAUAUAUCGAAAAGUCAGCAUCAUUCACCACAGCAAACAAAAGACACAUCAAGAAACAUGGACACUCCAGGUGGAGGUGUUAUUCUGUAUGCGCGCUCCUCCGGCAGCCCCAGCCCUGGCAGCCCGUCCAGUGGGUACCAGACCCAGUCCCCCUCCUCCACCCUCUCCCAGCCCUCCUCCCCAGAGGAGAUCACCUUCACAGAACUCGGGCCCCUGGGGUCCCUGAAGGGCCAGAGAGGGGGAGGAUGCACACCUCCAUCAUCCUCCAAGCUGGUGUUCCACUUCCCAGAAGUCUACAAUGUGGCUACAUCAACGUCCACCCACCAGCACUCGUACCAACACCCCAUCGCUGGGAAAAGGCCUAGUGGAUUCACAGGACCUUUCACCAAGACAGGCGGUAUGGUGCUCCUGUGUACAGUGUGUGGAGACAUUGCAUCUGGGUUCCACUACGGAGUGCACGCCUGUGAGGGUUGCAAGGGCUUCUUCCGUCGCAGCAUUCAGCAAAACAUCAACUACAAGAUGUGUGUGAAGAACGAGAACUGCCUCAUUAUGAGAAUGAACCGCAACCGCUGCCAACACUGUCGCUUCAAGAAAUGCCUCUCCGUGGGCAUGUCCAGAGAUGCUGUGCGUUUUGGCCGUAUCCCUAAGAGGGAGAAGCAGAGGCUUCUGGAUGAGAUGCAAAGCUACAUGAACAGCCUGAAUGAGUCUGCCACCAUGGACAUAGAGUCCUCCCCCGUCUCCGAAGCCCCUCCCAGCCUAGCAGAGGUUCCUUCUAAAGAGGCCAUCAGAGCCAUCUCGCGGGCCUAUCAGGACAUCUCUUCCAGCAACCAAGACAGGGCAUCCAAGAGUGAACUCAACAUCACCAACUUACCAACAACAUCUCUGUUCAAGAGCAACACAUCUCAGGAGACCAGCUACACCAAUGGCUCCUCCCACCUCGGCUCUGACUCCACCCUGGGGUACCAGUCCUGUCCUGCAGGCCUUGCCCCUCACUGCCCAGACACCAAUGACAACCACCAUACGUUCCCCUCUGUGGACAAAAGUAGCUAUAGUUGCCCCGCUACUUUGUCCAAUCAUGACCACGGACAGUCUAAUGUUGGCACAACUCAACGGGGCAGCUCGGCCAAUCACAACAGUUUCUCCAUGAAGGAAGAGACCCAAGAGCCGCAAACUCAGACAUCCUGUCCAUGGAAAUUAGCUGCUGGAACCAAAGUGCUGGCCUGUCCUCUCAAUGCGUGUCCUGUAUCUGCGGCCAGUCGUUCUGGACAGCAGAUAUGGGAGUCUUUCUCCCAGUGUUUCACCCCGGCAGUGAGGGAAGUGGUGGAGUUUGCUAAGGGUAUCCCUGGCUUCCAGGAGCUUAGCCAGCACGACCAGGUCAUGCUGCUCAAAUCAGGCACCUUCCAGGUGUUGAUGGUGAGGUUUUGUACAAUGUUUAACCCUGAGGAGCGGACGGUGACCUUCCUGAAUGGCCAGACGUACCCUCUGUCCACCCUGCGGGCGCUGGGGAUGGGGGCGCUGCUCGACGCCAUCUUUGACUUCAGUGAGAAGCUGGGAACUCUGAGGCUGGAGCCUGAUGAGAUGGCUCUGUUCAUGGCCGUGGUGCUGGUUUCUGCAGACCUUUCUGGCAUCGUUGAUAUGGGGUCAGUAGAACAGCUCCAGGAGGGGUUAAUCCGUGCCCUGCAUUCCCUCAUCCACUGCCGUCGUCCCGACGAGAGUGCGUCCAUCUUCCCCAAGCUGCUCCUGCACCUGCCCGACCUGCGCACCCUCAACAACCUGCACUCCGACAAGCUGUUGGCCUUCCGGAUUGACUCGUGAACAGCCCUGAACACACACACACAUAGCAAUUCAGAACCACCAGUCUCUCAGGGCAAGACUUCCCAGGAGAUUGAGGAACACUGACUUGGGCAAUCAAACAACAACAAAAAUAUUCAAGAUGCAUGUUUGAAAAAGGACAAUAAUUAAUAUAUUGAUCUCCAUCCUGUUUUCAUGUGCACACACACACACACACACACACACACACACACAACCACACUUGGAGAAAGAAAGUCUGUUAGAACGUACAUCAGUGUUUUAGGCUUACCGUUACCCUUUUGGACAGAUGUGUAUGGCAGUUUACCUGUUGUUUUCCAGUCUUUAAGAGACCAAAAGCCAAAAGUCUAAUCCUAAUCUCCCGACCAUUGCCAAACCACAGUUGAGAGAGAAUCAGAGAGGAAGAUGUUUGUGGACAAUGAUAAGUUUAGGGACCAUUAUUGGUGACUGAAUGUGUGGGUGUUUAGUGUUUGUAUAAGAGAAAGGGACCCUGUAUAUAAUAAUAAUAAUAAUAAUACAUACAAUUUACACUUAAGAUCAUAUGACUGCCAUUUCACUUAUAAACACAUCUGGGGUUUAAAUAUACAAUUAAGACUCAAAUAUAUUCAACAGACAAAUUGCAUAUAGAAAUGCGAUAUUCUGUAUAUUGGCAAAUCAAAUUGUAUUUGUCACAUUCACAUGUUUAGCAGAUGUUAUUGCAGGUGUAGAGAAAUGCUUGUGUUUCUAGCUCCAACAGUGCAGUAAUAUCUAACAAUACAC